GCAUUUUUGUUAAAACGUGCAAUUUUCUUUAAACCUCUUUGAUAAAAGACCAGAAAAAUGAACUCUACCUUCCUUUCUGAUCACCUAAAACUGAUCGCAACAGACCAAAUCAAGUCCUUUUUUGAUUUUUAUAAAGCUAUCAACUGGAGGGAACCUUGGUUAAGCGGUUUGCUUAUAUUCCAUUUUCUGACUUUCGUUACCGUUAUUCUGACCCGAAAGCACUUGAAUAUUCAAGCCUUUUUGUUUCUUUGCUUGUUAAGUGUUGUUCUUGCAUCAGAAAAGCUAAAUGCUCUUGGAGAAAAGCACUGGAGGUGGUUUUCAAAGGAGCAGUACUUUGAUUCCCAUGGCUUGUUUAUCACUGCUGUUUUAUCGGGACCAAUCAUGAUUAAUUGUUUUAUCAUGAUGGUUGUAUGGCUAUGGACAGCAGGCAAAAUGUUGAUUGUUGUUGGAAGAGGAAGAAUAAAAGAGAAAAGAAAACAAAUGGCUGAAACUGCUGAAGACAAAAAGAAAGAAAAUUAGAUAUACUUGAAGGUAGGAAAUGAUUAGUAAAAGUUGUAGUGGUCAUGUCUGAAGUAGCCGUGCCGAUACGAGGAACAGAAGGCAUUUUUAUAGAAAAGAAAGUAGCCAGCAGUUAACUUAUAGCAUUCACUAGACGUCAGUGGCUGCUGGCUUUUUUGAAAGCCCUGUCUAAGAGUGGCAUAUCAGUGCAAGACAGUGAAGUUCAAAACUUGACUAUUUAUUGUUGUCUAUUGAGAUUUUUAAUAUUUACUGCCAUGAGAAUUCUUAUAUCAUUUGUCUUGUUGAAAACAUAAGAUUUCAAGCCACCCUCAAGGCAAUGGUUAGACUUCAAGAUUUUAUCAAAUGCAGGACAGUCUAUGAGGCUCUUACACUGCACUGGGAAUCAAAUUAAUUAACAUGUAAAUGACUAUUGUUAGUUACCCCUCAUUCCUAAUUCUCUCUGGUUUGAAUUAGUUAUUGAUCAGUGUUUAUUUAGCUAAUGUUACUAAUAAGUACAUAAUAUUGUACCAAAAACUAGUUCCAAUUGGCAGUUUUUUAAAAAUCUUUAUUGUAAUUCUGUAUUUAUUUGCACUUUGUCCCAUUUUCAUGACUUUUAUAAAUCACAUGAUAGCUACUGUACAAAACUUUACCUAGAACAGCUUAUAUCUUAACAAAUAUUAAGUACAUUUUUUUAUUAAAAGAGAUAUCACCUUUGCCUCUUAUAAUUAUUACAGUAUUCCAAACAGAAUUUUAAGCAUAAUCUCAGAUUGCUAACCAAUUAUGUACAUCAUACAAUACAAAAAGUAAAACGCAAAAGAUUUGGCUUAGUAAAUUAAGCUAUCUUUUGUCAGAUAAUAAUAUUACAGGGUAGUUUGAUAAAAUAAUGUGUUUUUCCAGAAAACUCAAGCUGCUGCUGCUUCCACCUGAGGUUGAUAGUAUUUAUAUUAAUAUCAAUUUAUUAAGUAUUAAAAAAUUAACUCUUUAUAUUAUAGCUAGGUGGCAAGUAUUAGUAUGAGAGAUUAUUAAUUUUGGUUAGCUUGUUAAUCUAGACAUUUUUUGGGCAUUGCUUUUCUCUUUUUACCUUCCCAUCACAAUGAGAAGCUAUCACAUACUGGAUCUUUUCUGGAACAACACAUUUCUAACACUUUCUUUAAAAAUAAUUAUGGAGUCUUAAUUUAUUUUUGAAUCUUUAAGUUAACAUUAACAAGAAAACAAUAUUUUGAUAAGUGGUUUUUAUGUGUAAAAAAAUGUUUUAAAAUGCACUUAAAAAUGUUGCUAAAUUUUGUUAUAUUUGUGUGUCAGAAUUUCUUAAGGUAUUUCACUCUGGUAACCAAGUUUUCUUAAUAGAAUACCGCCUGCUUUUAGUCUUAAUGAGUAAAAUCAAUAAAAUGUAGUUCCAUUUAUAUAUUCUACCAUGCCACAGAGGAAGAACUAAUGUUGUGGAUUCUCCUUCUUUUCCUUAUCUUUCGCCUUUUUCCUGGAAAAUUCAUUGAAAGGGAAAAAAGGAUACCAAGAACACUAUUCCUUACACCCUCCCCGCCCCUUAAAAAAUCCAUUCCACUGUUGGUGAGGUAUGAAAAAUUACUAUCUACUGGGCAUUAUGACAUAUUCACACAUAGGUACAUUAUUUGUAGGAUCCAGGAAAGGUAUAAAAUAAAAGUGAUUUGGGAUAUCUCUUCUGAAAUACCAGCACACUCAAAACUAACCUUCCUAAGUGAACAAUGAUUCUAAUCAUUGGCUUUAAUUAUAAAUAAAAUAUAUUAAAAUAUUAAUCAAGUGUCUUUGAGUUAAAGCUGUACGACAUUUAAAUCUACAUGAUGAUGAACUAUAGAUAAACAAAAUCGAAUAAUUUUUUUCUUCUUAAUAAUAAUCUAAUAUUAAUUAUGAGUGUUGAAUAAAACUAUAUGGCUGGACUUAAUAUCAUAUUUACUAACUUUAUGUAUUGCAGUUUAUUAGGUCUAAUAAUUGCAUAGGUGUUAAGCCAGGUUACUAUCUGAUAUGGCUGGGCAGUUAUCGAUAUUCCUUCCUUCUACUGCUCUUGUUUCUGUUAGUUUUAAGGGGACUCCAUUGAUCUGAAAUGGUAAUUGAAAUCAAAAAUAAUAAGUCACAUUAACUAACGAUUUUUAACCCUUUCCCCACUACACUACCCUGUACUGCCCUGAGAAAAAAACAGCUAAAUUUCCUAUAAAUAUGUGCAUUACUUAAUACAAUCUUGAUAUAGUGAAAGCAAAUCACUAGCAAGCAAUAAAUGCAAGCAUAUACUGUUAGUAGUAAUACUGGUGGUAAUGAUGAAGUUCAAUGAUUGUAAUGAUCAGAGAUGAUGAUCUGUGAUGAUGAUUUUACCAAAUAAACCUGCUUACUAGAGAA